CCUCCACCAACCACAUCCGCACCCGAGCGCCAUGGCCGAAGAGUUCCUCCUCGCGGCGGAGAAGAGUAUCGAUCUGGCAUUCAAGCCUCGUACAUGCCUUCCUGGCGAUGACAUUACCCAGCACAUCACCAACGUCACGCAGAAACUGCGCCUUGGCGCGGGUCUCGUCGCGACCUGCGACAACCGGGUCGUAAGCACCAAUGCCGGCGUGUUACGCUAUCGGCCGCCGAAUCGAUACUGGCUCGACUUCAACCACAAGCGCUACAAGCCUGCAUUGGAAGAUGGUGUCGUCGGCAUGAUCGUCGACCGGAAUGCGGAGUUUUACCGAGUCGACAUUGGCAGCUCGUCGUAUGCCACGCUCGGCAUGCUUGCUUUUGACGGCGCCAGCAAGCGCAACCGUCCCAACCUGCAGCCAGGCACACUGGUGUACUGCAGAGUCGUGCGAGCUACAAAGGACCUAGAUGCGUGCGUGACUUGCGAAGCGCCUUCCCAUUUGGCCAAGAAGGAUUGGAUGACUGGCUUGGCCAUCUACGGCGAGCUCGUGGGCGGCUACGUGCUGAAGACGUCCAUCGGCCUGGCAAAAACGUAGGAAUCUACCUUCACGACAUAAGGCCAUGGAGUCGCGAGCGCCUCACGCGGACGGUUGGCUGUCUCUAGCUUGAUUCAAGAUGAUUGUAUUGUGCUGGAAGCACUGGGGCGUGCUAUCCCGUUUGAAUUAGCCGUCGGCAUGAACGGUGUCGUGUGGCUCAACUCCAAGUCGAACCAAGAUACGAUUCUCAUCGCGAACGCGAUCCUGAAUUCCGAAGGCCUCACGGCCGCGCAGAGCGAGGCCAUGGUCGUCAAGCUCUUGCAGGAGCACGGAACUAGCCAACACUAAACAAUUCCGAUUCCUCCGUGCCA